UUUGUUCUUUUUCUUCUUAUUAUUCCUCCUCCUUCUUUUUAUCCGCUCGUCGUUGCGGACUCGACUGACUGAGUCGCAGCGGCCGGGAGUCACUCACUGACUCGCCGGACACCAGCGAUCUCAUCAUCGAUCAUCGAUCAUCAUCAUCAUCAUGUCCCUCCUGCAGUCAGCGCUCGACUUCCUGGCCGGACCCGGUUCGGCCGGAGCCGCCAGUCGGGACCAGAACGACUUCGUGGGGCAAACGGUGGAGCUCGGCGACAUGAAGCUGCGCGUCCGGAGGGUGAUCGCGGAAGGUGGUUUCGCCUUUGUGUACGAAGCCCAGGAUAUUGGCACCAACAAGGACUACGCUCUCAAGAGGUUGUUAUCCAACGAAGAAGAGAAAAACACGGCCAUCAUCCAGGAAGUCUGCUUCAUGAAAAAGCUUUCAGGUCACCCAAAUAUCGUGCAGUUCUGCUCGGCGGCCUCCAUAGGGAAGGAGGAGUCGGACACGGGCCAGGCUGAGUUCCUCAUCCUUACCGAGCUUUGCAGAGGCCAGUUGGUGGACUUCAUUAAGAGAGUGGAGUUGAAGGGCCCGGUGUUGUGCGACACGGUGCUGAAGAUCUUCUACCAGACGUGUCGCGCCGUGCAGCAUAUGCACAGACAGAAGCCCCCCAUCGUGCACCGGGACCUGAAGAUCGAGAACCUGCUGAUCAGUCACCAGGGCACCGUGAAGCUGUGCGACUUUGGCAGCGCCACCACCACAGUCCACUACCCAGACUACAGCUGGUCUGCUCAGAAGAGGUCCAUGGUUGAGGAUGAGAUUACGAGAAACACCACGCCAGCCUACAGGACUCCGGAGAUGAUAGAUCUCUACUCCAACUACCCCAUCAAUGAGAAACAAGACAUCUGGGCCUUGGGAUGUAUCCUGUACCUCCUCUGCUUCAAGGUUCACCCGUUUGAGGAGGGGGCCAAGCUGCAGAUUGUCAAUGGGAAGUACAGCAUCCCUCCGAAUGACACCAAAUACACCGUUUUCCACGAUCUCAUUCGGUCCAUGCUCAAGGUCAACCCAGAGGAGCGACUGUCCAUCACGGAGCUCGUGAACCGGCUGCAGGAGAUCGCGGCCGCACGAAACGUGAACCCCAAGUCUCCUGUCACCGAGCUGCUGGAGCAGAAUGGAGGUUUUGGGAACAACUGUGUGUCCCGGAGCUCGGUGAGCGGCGCCCAACUCCCCACGCACAUCAACAACAUCCACAAUGCAGGUGUCUACGGUUCGGACCCGGACCAGUCGAUGGCCGGAGGCUUUCUGGACAUCCUGAAAGGAGGCACCGAGCGGUUUCUCACCAACAUCAAGGAUACUUCGUCAAAGGUGAUUCAGUCGGUAGCCAGCAACGCCAGUUAUGCCAAAGGAGAUCUGGACAUUUCCUACAUCACAUCCAGAAUUGCAGUCAUGUCCUUCCCAGCAGAAGGGGUCGAGUCGGCCAUUAAGAACAACAUUGAGGACGUGCGCCUCUUCCUGGACUCGAGACACGCGGGCCACUACGCCGUCUACAACCUUUCCAAGCGCUCCUACAGACCCUCAAGGUUCCACAACAGAGUGUCUGAAUGCGGCUGGCAGCCGAGACGUGCGCCGAGCCUGAGGAGCCUCUACAGCAUCUGCAAGAACAUGCACCUGUGGCUGAAACAGGAUCAGAGGAAUAUCUGCAUCGUGCAUUGCCUGGAUGGACGGGCAGCCUCUGCGGUGGUCGUGUGCUCUUUCUUGUGCUUCUGCCGUCUCUUUAGCACUGCGGAGGCGGCCGUCUACAUGUUCAGCAUGAAGCGCUGCCCUCCUGGAAUCUCACCCUCCCAUAAGAGGUACGUUGAGUACAUGUGUGACAUGAUGGCCGACGAGCCCAUCAUUCCGCACAGCAAGCCCAUCCUGAUCCGUUCCAUCAUCAUGACGCCCGUGCCGCUCUUCAACAAGCAGCGCAAUGGCUGCCGACCCUUCUGCGAGGUGUACGUGGGCGAGGAGCGCGUGGCCACGACCUCCCUGGAGUACGACAAGAUGAAAGACUUCAGGAUGGAGGACGGCCGGGCAGAGAUUCCUCUGGGGAUCACGGUGCAGGGAGACGUGCUUGUUGUCAUCUACCAUGCGCGGUCCACCCUGGGAGGACGGCUGCAGGCCAAGAUGGCAUCCAUGAAGAUGUUUCAGAUCCAGUUCCACACAGGGUUUGUGCCCAGAAAUGCCACCACGGUCAAAUUUGCAAAGUAUGACCUGGAUGCCUGUGACAUUCAGGAGAAAUACCCAGAUCUCUUCCAGGUAAACCUGGAGGUUGAAGUUGAGGCUCGCGACCGGCCAAGCCAGAAGACCCCACCGUGGGAGAACUUUGCCACCAAGGGCCUUAAUCCCAAGAUCCUCUUCUCUAGCAGGGAUGAGCAGCAAGAGAUCCUCACUAAGUUUGGCAAACCAGAGCUUCCUCGGCAGCCGGGGUCCACAGCCUUCUACGAUGCCGAAUCGCCCCAGUCGGACCAGACUCCUGAAGGUUCCGCCACGGAGCCGGAAUCCCCCCAGAGCGCCGACGCCAACACCAGCAACUUCUUCCAAACCCUGGACUGGGAUGCCCAGGCCCGUCCUUGUACUGAGCGGCGCACUUCUCCCCCGUCCCCUGUUACAGACGGAAGUGGCCACGAGGAAAGGCUGGACAAGCUGGCUGAGGAGCAAGAAGAGCUCAGUGACCCAUCCGAGGAGGACUCGGGCCCUCAGGUGUGUAAGCCCAGUGAGGACAGCGAGCCCUUCUCCAGAGAGCCCGGCGAAGCUCUUUUCAACACCGACUUCCCGAGCAAGCCCCCGGAAAGCCAAUCCGACGACAGCGUGGACCUGCUGGGCCUGAACUCCAGCUCCCCGCCAAGGACGGGUCACAGCAGUCCCAUGGCAGGCCCUGCUGCGGCGGGCAUGAAGACCUCCUCCAGCAACAGUGACCUCCUCAAUGACCUCUUUGCACCUGCUGUCAGCGCUGAGCAUGGCAGCACCAGUGAUCUCAUCGGGGGAGGUGUAGAUGAUGACCUGCUCUUCGGCAGCUCUGCUGGAAACGUCCCGGCUGCCCCGACAGCCAACUGCGGCCCUGCAACCUCAAAAGUGGCCUCAUCUGAGCUGCGCUUCCCUGUUUUGUCGUCCCAACACUUGUCAGCCAGCGGCUUCUUUGACCCGUUCGAGAUGGUUUCUGGGGACACGGCUUCCGCCCGUCAGUCCGGGCCGGACCUGUUUGGGGACCUCAUGAGGGCAGAAGGUGCUGGACCAAGCCUCCUGUCCAGCAACCCGACACCCCCCCCAAGCUCCUCCUCUGACUUCUUCAACCUCAAUAAGCUGGCAGGUGACCCCCCCAAGAUGACGACUUCCGCCAGCCAGCCAGACCUGCUGGGAGGGUGGGAGAGCUGGGCCUCCGGUGGAGCUGCGAGCAGCAGCAGCAGCAGCAGCACCUCGAACGCCGCCAGCAAACCCUCGUUCACCGCUCCUGGGGUUUCUUCUCUUUCCACAACCAAGUCGCAAAGCUUUGACCCCUUUGCGGAUCUGGGCAACUUGGGCCCAACACUGCCAGCUAAAUCAGGCUCCACAAGCACUGCUUUUUCAGGCCCAGGUUUCAACAGCAAAGCGGCCUCUUCCGCAAUAGGUGGUGCCACGUGGAAGUCGGCUCGGCCGGGGACAGUGCCAGGUAAACCGUGGGCACAGCCGAGUGCCCCUCCAAAGCCGCAGCCCUCCAAGCCAGCUGCUCAGCCAGCCAAGCCCAACUACAACCUCAACUUCAGUGUGAUUGGAGGCCGAGAGGAGAGAGGCAUCAGAGGCCCUGGUUUUGGCCCAAAACCCAAAGUGAAGGAAGAUGACUUUGAGGACCUCUUAUCAAACCAGGGUUUCGCUUCCAGGCCAGACAAGAAAGGUCCAAAGACCAUUGCAGAAAUGCGCAAACAGGAGCUGUCAAAGGAAAUGGAUCCCCAAAAAAUGCAGAUCCUGGAAUGGAUCGAGGGGAAGGAGCGCAACAUCCGGGCACUCAUUUCCACCCUGCACACUGUGCUGUGGGAGGGCGAAACUCGCUGGAAGCCAGUGAGCAUGGCUGAGCUGGUCACCCCAGAGCAAGUGAAAAAGUUCUACAGAAAAGCUGUGCUUGUAGUCCACCCUGAUAAGGCACAGGGACAGCCCUAUGAACAAUAUGCCAAAAUGAUCUUCAUGGAACUGAACGACGCAUGGUCGGAGUUCGAGAACCAGGGUUCGAAGGCUCUCUUCUGAGACCGAGAAGGUCAAGGGUACCACUUCUAGAGGUGUGACAGAGAGAUGUCUGAUUCUCAGUGUUUUUGAGACAAUCACUGAAUGGAAGCUGGUUAUCAAAAGAGGGACUUGCUUCUACCCGUUUAAACACUGAUUUUGAUCCAUUGUUCUACGUCCAGUUCAGUGUCACCAUCUAGUACUUCACAGUCCCAGGGCAACAGCUGGCAUGUUUGGUGCACCCCACGAGACACACAUCCUUCAAGCAGAUCCACUUGAAUGUGUGCUGUGCACAGCAGGAGGUGAAGAACUCAAAUACAGUUCUCUGGAUUUCCUGUUGAAGUAGUAAGCAAAAAGGAGUGACAGAAACUGGGCUACAUAGCUGUUUAUAAAAAAAAAAAAAAAAAAAAAAAAAGAUUUUUGUCAUGUGUUUGUGCAUUGUUUUGUCACUCAAAAUGUAAAUAUCGUGCUGUUGUGGUUCUUCUUGAUCCUUCUACUUCUGAGCUGCCAAUUCAAACACAUGAGUAUGUAGGUUUCUUUCCUCCCCUGCGCAGUAUUAUACUGGGGACCGUGUCGUUUUUUUCCUUUUUCUGAUUUUCAGUCUUUGCAACAAUUUUGAAUCAAAUUUAUAUUUCUACAUUUUUGUUCUCUAACUCAUGGACCAGUCUUUAAUUUCUAUCUUCUUAUUUAUUUUGUGAAUCACAAGUGUACAAGACAUUUAAAAGCAAAAAUAAAUAAUAUAUGAAUUGAAUGUCUGGAUUUAAACUCCAAAAACAAAUGGUUUUCUGUAUAAAUAAUUCCAAAGUAUAUACUAACAUGAAUGUGGUUUUAUAUGGUCUUUGAAGAUUAUAUGACUAUGUUAAAAUUUUCUGCAACUGUUAUUUUCUUGUUCAAUAACAUUCUUUAAAACGGGACUGGUUUGUAGGUGAUGAAAAGGUUUAGCUGUCGUUGUGUUGCAUUUCUUAUACAUGACACUCAAGAUUUACUCCCAGUAGAUACAAUAUUAUACUUACAUUGUGAACUGAUUCCAUUUUAUAAUCAUGCUCAUUAAAAAAGUUUCAAUGAAAUGAGGGCGUAUGUUUUAGAAUGAAAAUCGUGCUUACAUUAGUCACACCAAGAAUUGUAACUAUGGUGAUACAUCCCAAAGACAUGUAUUAAUAUUCAGCAUGAAAGUGCUGUCUUGGUGUAAAGGUAUGGAAACAUAUUUUUUUGUUGUGAUGGAUAUGUGUGACAAAUACAGAUCGUUUGACUGUGUUUGAUAGAAAUGUUUUCCUUUCUGUGCAUUCCUGUAUGUGUGAGGGGGUCACAUUGGACCUGUGAAUGUGACAAAACAGGGUGCUCCUUUCCUCUCGGAAUGUGACGUAAGAAUAAUUCAUAUUCGUUGUCUAUAAUUUGUGGCAUAAAGUUAAUUUUAUCAAAGCCUUAAAUUCAGAACUGUAUUCCUAUAGUGCUAAUUAAAGUUCUGCUGCUCUUAGUUAUAUUCAAACAAGAGGUCAUCAGACACACACUAUGAAGGUGUGAUGGCUGCAAGGGUGAAGUUACUUCUAAGUACUGUAGUGUAGUAUUACCAGCAGACAUGACUCACUCCAAAGGGCAAAGUGUUUAAUGGUGUACAAUAUGUUUAGGGUUUAUGUAAAUUUGUUCUCAUAGUAUGAUCUUUUCUUCUUCCAUUCUCUGCCCAACGUAACUUUUUUUUUGUUUUGUUUUUUAUGAUUGCGGAGUUAGGAAACAAAUGUGGAAAAAUUAGUUUAAAGUUAAGAGUUAAGUGAACAUUAGGUCUGUUCCAACUAAACAUUGUAAACAUCAUGGUGUUUCAGCUGGGGAGGGGGGAACUCUUUCGCUUUAAAUACAACUAAUUAAAACAGCAAUCUUGCGUUAAAUUAAAAAAAAAAAAAAAAAAAAAAAA